GGCAGUUAAGAGAGUAGUAAAAAGAGUUGCAAACUCUAAUAAAAAUGAGAAUAGAAUGUUAGUAAAGAAAAGUGUAUUGAAAGAAACCAUUAAAGAGUCAAUACAUGAGAAAGUAAGUCAAAAAGAAUUAAAAGCUGAAAGAGCAAAUGUAUCAGAUAUAUUAAAUAAUAGUGAAAAUGAUAAAAUAACUGAACUUGUAAGAUUAAAUCUAACUGAAUCAGCUGCUAAUUAG